AUGGAGAGAUUCCUUCAUCGACGACGGGAUGGGCGGAUCCUGGACGUGGACGAAUUUCAGGUGGCCAAGGCUCUGCUGGCCGGAGAAACAGAGCUCCUGGGCCGGGAGGUCGAUUCCGGGGAACACCUCUUCGACUUAUGCUGUCACUUCGGCCACGAAAGCACGGCUGCAGCCAUGAUUUCAUACCGAGUGCCAGGGUGCGUGUUCAAGGGUUCCCACAGCUUGCGGUCUCCUCCUGCCUGUGAAUCUCUUGGAUCACGACAAGCUCUCCGUGGUGUGUGCAAGUGUGUGGGUCGGAAGACUUGCAGACACUGCAGCUGGGGUAUUUCAGAUCAAAAGAAGGGUCUUUGGAUGGAGGAUUGGGAUGCAAGUCUCCAGGAUGCCAAAAGCACCGCAGAAAGCUCCGCUGCAAAGCCCUUGGUUCGCGCCUUGCUGGAGGCCUUUCGCUCCCAGGCGGCUGUUGAAGGAAUCGACACGGCUGAUGCCAUGGCUUACCUUCUCGACGUUGCCAUCCUCAUCGGCGAUGCCGAACUGGCGAGAUGCUGCGCCAAGCACUGCACCCGUUUGCCGCUAAGGCGCUGGAGGAGCGACGAGCUUGUGAGGAACAUUCGAGAUGACUUCCCGCUAUUUCGAGCAGAGAUUCGGGAGGAAGACGUCUUGAUUGCCGCUCUGGCCGCCGGCCUGGAGCUCCAGCAUCUGACUGUCACUUUCUGGGGCGGUUCCGUUGCGGAAGCCAUCGUACUUUCCGCAGACACGGAGCUCUGGCAACGAGUCGAAGGCCUUCAGCUGCGGCUCGGGCCCUGGCCAACGCAUGAAGAAAAUAGCGAGAUGGCCGAUCUUCUCCUCGAGCGCUCCGACGGCCAAGUCCGGCUGAGCUCGGAGCGCAUGCAUCGGGCCAAGAGGGCCGGCCUCGCACUGAGCUCGUUUCAGGCGGAGGUUCCCUUCGUCUGCCAGGGAUGUGGCGAUGAUGGGUAUGUUCGGCUCUCCUUGCUGGACUUGGCGAUCCUCGUUGGUCAGAGCGACUGCAGCCGACUCUGCGGGCCGAUGGACAUCGUGGAGACGGGGUUUACGCUGCAAGCGAGCCUUGAAGCCAUGCCUUCGGAGUGGGAGGACGAGGAGCCGUGCUCCCGCUGUGGCUCUACCUCGUUUCGAAUUGCAGAUGACUGGGCCGAGAGCAUCGCAUCGCUCCCGGAGCGCCGGGCUGCAGCAGCCGAGGCCCUUCGCAGGGCGCUGCAGGCGUCCCGCCGAAAAACCGCAAUCUCCGCAGGCUGCGGGCUCUUCCAGGCCAUGCAGUGCUGGGCUUGCGGGAAGUCGGUGCCAAUAGCUUUGGUAGACUUGGUCUUGACAUUCGCGGCGGAGCGGCCGUCACUGCUGCAGGCCCUCGAGGGACGUGAGGGGGAGCUUCCGCCCUUGGGCCACUGGUGGGAGGACUCGGAACAGCGAGUUCACCAAGACCCUCGGAGUCCACAGCCGAUGGUGGAGAGUGCGGAGCCACAUGCACAAGCGGACAGCUUGGGUGUCGCAGAAAGGCAGCCUGCAGGCGCCGCUGCCUCGUCCAGCAACGACAUGCAGGCGCAGCCUGACAGCACAAGCGAGAAGGAAAGCGGCUCCGACCAGGACACCACCAGCGAUCUCCUCACGGCCCUCCGCAACAGCAAGAGCGACAAUCCGCCUUUGAGUGGCGACGGCGUGGUGAUCUUCCGGCUCACUCGCAAGGCCCACGCGGAGGAGGUGAACGCCGUCCUCUUCGAUGCGACUGGGCCUUUGUGGCCCUUGCACCGCCGUGUGCUGGAGGCCGGCUGUGAGGUGGCGCCGGAAUGGUCUCCCAUCAAGGCCCUCUUCGUGCCCUUGACCCAGCCGCAGCUGCAAGAGCUCACACAGGGCAACAUCUACGAGUUGGGGAAGGUGCACCUGCUGGCCCUGCAGUCGGAUGCCGAGCUUCUCACGGAGGCCUUUAAUGGAGAGCUCCAGCGCAGCGUUCGUCCCAAGCUCCGCCGCGAAACUCCACGCAGGGAUGAAGAAGAGGGUGCACGGGAUCAGGAGCCCUUGCUUGUGAUGGAGGGCGGUAUCGAUGGUGUCCGAACGGAUUCUGAUCUGGGCUACCCCGUCUACGAGGCCUGA